AUGCUGGGAGACGGGGGGUGGGUACAGGGAGCAGGGCGCUUAAGGGGAUGGGAGAACGGGCGACCGAGGGAGGAGAGCGAAAAGAACGAAGAGGCGCAUGAGGACGCUGAGAGAAGGUGGGGUGGGGAUCUCAAGGCCUUGAGAAUUCCCUGGUGCCGUGACUUUGCUGACUUUGCUGAGGUUGUGGAUUCACCAGCUUCUGCCCGCAGUGGGUCCUGCAUCGUUGUGAAGAAUCUCCUGCUCGGUGUUUAUCUCAGCAUAUCUCAGCGUUUGGCCGGGAUUUGUCGCUUUUCAGCUUUGGAAGAUGAUCUGAUGGUGGUGACCGGUGGUGACCGGUGGGUCGAGGGCAGCAUUGGAGCGAGCAGCUCCAAAUUCUGCACGGCAGCGCAGGCUGAAGGAAGAUCUGGAAGACAUUGGAAGCUUCAAAGCUAUGCUUCCCAAAGCUAUGCUUCCCAAAGCUAUGCUUUCGACUCCAAGCCCAAGCCGGGCUUUGGAGCUUUCGACUUAGAGCUGAGUCCGAUGUCCGAAGAGGACCUGCAGUUUCCAUCAGUUUCCAUGCUCUCAUGGACACCUGCAGCCAGGUGGCCAGCCUGUGAGGCGCCCGAAGCCGCGGCCGCCGCUGCGCCCGAGGCCUCCGAGGUCCCCGAGGCGGCGCCGUCGGUGCCGUCGGUGCCGUCGGUGCCCGCGGUCACGGAGACGUCCGCCUCCGCAUCGGCGCCCGAGGCACCUGAAGCUUCUACCUCAACGGACGUGCGGCUUAGCAUUCCCGACAAGUCGCUCUUCUUGAUGAACUUGUCAGGUGCUGCAGAGUUCAAGCAAGUGCUCCCUGACGAGAAAUCGCUUAGAGAUUUGGGCUUGAAGCCUGGAGACAGGGCGGGGAUUGAGCUCAGAAUCAACUACUACCAGGAACAAGCAGCCGAGGAGUACGUCAUGCCCGACUGCCUCGAGCUGAAAGUGGUGAACGAUCGCGGCGAGGAGCGGAUCAUUUCGGUCCACGUGCAGCGACCCGUCAUGGAGAAGCGCCAGCCUCAGUUUGAUGCUGGGAUCGCCAGGUUUCAUCACGCAGUGACCCAGACUGCACCAAUCCAGAAGAAGGAUGUGCACAUCAUCCGUUUCCAUCGCGAGGCACAAACCUACGAGUACCGAACCCGAUCUACGCAGUGCAAGCGCGAGGCUGGCACGCAGAUGGAGAAGGUGGGCUUGUACGUGGAUCAGCGGGAUGAUGUGGUCAUGAAGCCACGGCGGCCGUACUUCAGCAGCGCAGACAAGGCGGUGCGAGGAGAGUUCUGGGCGGACUUCAUGUCUGGAGCGGCGCUGGUUCUUGAAAAGCAACUCGGAUGUAUUUGGCAACUCUGGAUCACGAAGCCAAGCCUGGUGGCCCUGCUUUGGUAUGCUUUGGUCACUAAGGAGCGCGAAGAAUUGGAACAAAGAGAGGCAGAACGCCUGCAGCUGGAGGCAGAUCUGCUGGUGGGAACUGACGUUGAUGCAACUCAUGACUUCAAUGUGCUCUACAAAGAGUUGGAGGCCUGGCGGGUGAACGAGGCAGCUCGAAUCCAGAACUCCGGAUUUGACGAGGCCACUCGCCGUGCUGCGCAAUAUGAGCUGCUGCGGAAGGAGACCAAACUUUUACAGACCAUUGACAAGCUGAAGAUCAAGGCACACUCCCAAAAUCGGGACAGCAAGAUCAAAGGAAAGCUAGAGUCAAUGGCUCAACCGAAAGUUUGGCUACAGACGGAUGGUGAGACCACCACAGUGCAUACGCCUUUCACAACUCGUGCCAAGGAACUUAUGGAUCUGUACAGCGGCCUUCGAUUGCCGCUCCUGACAGUAGAUGAGCGCCUUGAUGUGCUGCUGCAUGUGAAGUGGACGGUCAAAGAGUUCGACUGCAAUCUCACUCGAGAGAUGGUGGACCUCAUUGACCGUGAAGCAGACAUGCUCAACCGGGGUCGCCCGGAGAAGUCCUUUGCAGGCUUGCGGAAGCGCUUGGCGAACCUCUUCCUGCAGUUUAUUGAGACUCCUGAGUUCAAUCCGGAAGCCAUUCAGUUCCAGAAGGUACCUCGUGAGUUUUACGACCAGACGGGCACACAUCCCCUGAGCACGGUGCCAAUCAAAGGAUUGGGAUGUUGA